UUCGGAGUUCCUGGCCCGCGGGCGUCGGGUGUGAGCUGCGCCCUCCGCUCUGGGGGUUUGGGGCCCACAGCUCCCUCGCGGUUUCUGCCGCCAUCGCUCACGCUCCGCGUUGUAGAGAAGAUGGUGGGUCGGAACAGUGCCAUCGCCGCCGGUGUAUGUGGGGCCCUUUUUAUCGGGUACUGCAUCUACUUCGACCGCAAAAGACGAAGUGACCCCAACUUUAAGAACAGGCUUCGAGAACGAAGAAAGAAACAGAAGCUUGCCAAGGAGAGAGCUGGGCUUUCCAAGUUACCUGACCUUAAAGAUGCUGAAGCUGUUCAGAAAUUCUUCCUUGAAGAAAUACAACUUGGUGAAGAAUUACUAGCUCAAGGUGAAUAUGAGAAGGGAGUAGAUCAUCUGACGAAUGCAAUUGCUGUGUGUGGACAGCCACAGCAGUUACUUCAGGUCUUACAGCAGACUCUUCCACCACCAGUGUUCCAGAUGCUUCUGACUAAGCUCCCAACAAUUAGUCAGAGAAUUGUAAGUGCUCAGAGCUUGGCUGAAGAUGACGUGGAAUGAGAAACAAAUGUCAACCUAAUAAGAUCUUAGUUAAAAAUAUUUUAAAAAUUCUUGGUAGUUGAGCAGCUCUGGGGGGAAUAAGGGCAAAUAAUGCUUGUUAUGAACUACACUGAAAUCUACCAAAGUUAAUGUUUACUUUGUGUAGAUCCAUUUGUCUAUUUUAUUUAUUUUUCCCAGUGAAAAGUGUAUUUUGAUAGCUUUUCAUUUUAUAAAUACACUAUGAGUUACUGAAAUAUCAUGGAUUUUGUUUAUUCCUGAAACAUAGUUAAACUGUAUAUAUGACAGUGGCUUAUGUUAAAAAUAUGCAGUGCUCAGUUUUGAAGGACAGGCAAAAAAAAAGUAUAGGAGAAACUGAAGAAUGAAGAACAUACACUUAAAAUUUUAACUGAUACCUUUUGCUGUAAAUCUGGAAAUUUGAUAGACUUGAUCGUGUUUGCGAAAACUGAGCAUUAAAGUUUUUGAGUGAUCAUU